ACCUCAGCAGCAAACCUAACCUCCGAUGCUUUGGUGGUGGUGUCCAUUGAUGCUGCUAGAGUCAGCAAUCCAAGAGUGGUCUUCAGUUAUCGUAACAACCCUAAUGUGACUGCUGUGUUUCCUAGCAACACCAUUCCUAGUGGAGGCAUUACACUGACCUUUACUGGAGUGAAUUUGGACGAGGUACAACAGGUCGUUUUGGAGGUCUACCACCAGCCAAUGGGGGCUCCUCUGAGGAGCAACUGCAGUGUUGUGGACAAUACCACCAUCACAUGCUUGACUCCUAGUCUGACAACAACCUCACUGACGCCAUUGGACUAUGCCCUACUGUUUGAUAAUGUCCCACUCAUUACACAAGCACGCUUCCUCAUCGGUGUCCAAUCAGAUCCUUCUAAAUUUAGACUAGAUAGUUCUCUAGAGGUCACCAGUGGCACAGAGACGCUCAUACGCAUUGUGGGUGAAAAUCUCGACUCAGUGGAAACCAGUGAGAUACAAGUGAUCGUGGGAGGGGAGGAAUGUGUCAAGACACCCAGUAAUUCAAGAAGCAGCGAAGUCAUCUGUAUUGCCCCUUUGGAGCCCCCAGGAGGGGAAAACCCAGCUAUCAUACAAGUAAUCGUGGGGAGCAACAUCUCUCAAGUAUUGGACCAGCAACUGACUUACGCAAGUCCUGUGGCUGCUGUUCCACUGGAGAUAAUCAUCCCGAGUGUUUUGGGGGUUAUUGUGAUGAUCGUGUGUGUAAUGCUGAUCAUUUUUGUCCGGGUCUAUCUGAACUCUCGGAAGAAGACCGUGUCAAUUGCUAUGCAUGAACAGAUGAUGGAAAUCGUGGCUAAUACGAGAACACGGGAGGAAAUAUUUCCUAUGGAUAGUAAUACUGCACUCGUUAAAUCGGAGCUCGAUGAGAUUGCUGAGUCCAUCCCAGACUCAAUCAAAUUACCAGCCUCCAUAUUGAAGCUCUCCAGUACUGCAAUUGGACAAGGUGAAUUUGGCAUUGUGUACAAGGGCGUCCUGACAGACUGGAACAAUGUACCUAUACAAGGGGUGGCCGUGAAGACACUAAAAGGUUUGUUCUCCAUGUCGGAUGUUGAGAGCAUGGUGUGUGAGGUGAUCAAGAUGCAAGACUUUGACCAUCCUCAUGUCAUGUCCCUGAUUGGGGUGUGUCUCGAUGCUGGCCCCGGCAUUGCCAUAGUAAUGCCAUAUAUGGCCAACGGGAGCGUCAUUGGAUAUCUAAAGAGAGAAAGGAACAGCCUUGAGUUGGACGAUAACUGUGAGAUUGAUCAGAUUCUGGAAGUGAGGAAACUGCUACUAAAGAUGUGCCAUCAGAUAGCACUGGGAAUGGCCUACUUGGCCGAGCAGAAGUUUGUCCAUCGCGACCUUGCAGCCAGAAACUGCAUGCUGGACUCGGGAGGGGGUAUCAGGGUGGGGGACUUUGGUUUGGCUGAGGACGUCUAUGCUAGUGGCUACUUUAGACAAAACGACCGAGCCAAUGUGAAGCUGCCCUACAAAUGGAUGGCCUUGGAGAGUCUCAACGAUGCUAUCUUCACAGAGAAAACUGAUGUGUGGUCGUAUGGUGUGACUGUGUGGGAGAUCUUCAGUGGAGGAAAGACCCCCUACCCUGCCGUGGACCCACACUCCCUCAUCCAGCUGCUGAAAGAGGGGCAGAGACUAGAGAAACCUCUCAAUGCAGCCUGUGCCACUGAGAUGUGA